AUGGGUGUGAGUCAGGAGGUCAAGAAGGCCAAGAAGGCUGCCCGGCAAAAGGCGGCCGCCGAGGCCAACGCCCAGCGAGCGGCUGCAUUCAAGGCGGCACUCGCCGAGGGGCGCGACCCGAACGAGGCCGCCGCCGCCGUCGAGGACCCACACGCCCCGCUCAACGGCAAGAAGCGCAAGUCCACCGAAGACGUCGCGCACGAGCUCCUCGCAGCCGCCGUCGCCGAGGGCGAACAGGACGCCGCCGCCAAGAAGGCGGCCAAGCGGGCCGCCAAGCGGGCCAAGAAGGCGGCCGCCGCCGGCGACGGCGAGAACGAUUCCGACGCCUCCGUCGAGCGCCCCGCCACCCCGGGCGUCCCCGGCGAGCCCAUCGCGAAAGCCGCCGCCAAGCUCACCGAGGAGGAGGUCGCCGCCUAUCGCGAGGAGCACGCCAUCAAGGUGCCCCAGGGCACCCCCGACCCCAUCACCCGAUUCGAAGACGCCCCGUUCCCGCGCAAGCUCGUCGCCGCGUUGCUCAAGCAGGGUUACGAGUCCCCGACGCCCAUCCAGGCGCAGGCGUGGCCCAUCGCCGUCAAGGGGAAGGACGUCAUCGCCAUCGCGAAGACAGGCAGCGGCAAGACGUGCGGGUUCCUCCUCCCGGCGCUCGCCAAGAUCGUGAAGCAGGGCGCCACGGCGGCGCCGGACAUGGAGAUGGUCGACGGCAGGUUCAGGCCCGCCGCCGUGGUACCGCACGCGAUCGUCCUCGCCCCGACGCGAGAGCUCGCCAUCCAGAUCGGCGACGAGUGCGCCAAGUUUUGCCCCGCCGCUGGAGCCAAGGUGGUGACCCUCUACGGAGGCGCGUCCAAGGGGGACCAGCUUCGCGCGCUGCGAUCGGGAGCGGACGUGCUCGUCGCGACGCCGGGGAGGCUUCACGAUUUCCUCGCACCGCCGCCCGGGUUCUCCGCGCCCGUGUCCGCGAGGAACGCGCACUACGUGGUGCUGGACGAGGCGGAUCGCAUGCUGGACAUGGGAUUCGAACCGCAGAUCAAGAAGAUCAUCAAGAUGUGCCCAACCGCUCGGCAGACGCUGAUGUUCACCGCGACGUGGCCCGACGGCGUUCGUAAGAUUGCCGACACGUUUCUCCAACCGGACGCGGCGCUCGUGCGCAUAGGCGACGGCGGCGACCGUCUGACCGCGAACAAGUCCAUCACGCAGACGAUCGAGAUCGUCACCGAGGACCAGAAGCUCGACAGGGCCAUCGCGGUUCUCAAGGAGAACCUCGUGGACGGCGCGAGGGGCAUCGUUUUUUGCGGGACCAAGCGCCGGUGCGACUUUAUCGAUCGCAAGAUGAAGGCGAUGGGCCUACGAUCCGCGGGGGCGAUCCACGGCGAUAAGGACCAGGCCGAGCGCGAGUACUCGCUCGACUUAUUUCGCAAGGGGAAGGCGCCGCUGCUCGUCGCCACGGACGUCGCGGCGCGCGGCCUCGACAUCCCCGGCGUCACCGUCGUGCUGGUGUACGAUUUCCCGCUUCAGGUUGAGGAUUACGUACACAGGAUCGGGCGCACGGGCCGCGCGGGCAAGGAGGGCAAAGCGCACUGCUUCUUCACCGAGGAGGACGCCGGCGCCGCGAGAGAGCUGGUGCAGAUCCUGGAGGGUGCCGAGCAGGAGGUUCCCGAGAGGCUUCGGGAGAUGGCGGACAGGAGCAGAAAAAGCUUCAAGGGAAAGGGGGGGCGGGGCGGCGGCAGGGGUGGACGCGGCGGCGGUAGGGGGCGCGGUGGGUUCGGAGGACGCGGGGGCGGUGGACGCGGGGGCGGCGGCAGGGGCGGCGGCAGGGGCGGGUUCAAGAACAAGUGGUGA